UCAUUAUGUUGUGCCUCCACAAGUGUAAUAACAUUGAUAAGAAAAAUCCAUGUGAGCCUUUUGCAACUUCAACAACACACUAAAGUCUAAAGGGCCCUCGUGACACUAUUGUUUGGUGUUCGUUAUAAUUCAAAAUUAAAAGUACCAUUUAAUAUUUUCACCUAAUAAUCUCACACUUGCAUUUAAUACAUCUUCAUCUCCUUCUCUAAUGUUUACUUUUUUCUUUCAUAUAUCUUCAAUUCAUCUUCAAACUUAACCGCUCCUGCCUCCUGGCAUCUUCUCUCUUUAGAUUCUUGUGACAGCUAGCCGCAGAGAAAAUCUGAGGGAGGUCCUGAAAUCAAUUCAGUUCGAUCCACUAUUCCAUCUGAGCGAUCAAGAAGACCAACCCCGGAGGUUUCAUUGGCACUGGUACGGUGGAAAACGGCCGGCCGGCCACCAUGAAUAUGUUUUGGCUUCUGCUGCUGAUUUUCUGCUAUGUUGGCACUGCUGCGGGUGUCCGUGUUUCUACAAGACCGAGUGUUGUUAAUAUUGGCGCUAUUUUGUCUUUCAAUUCUUCCAUUGGGAAAGUUGCAAAAGUUGCAAUAGAAGCUGCUGUCGAAGAUGUGAACUCAAAUCCAGCAGUUCUAAAAGGAACUAAACUCAAACUUGCCAUGCAAGAUACAAAACAAUCUAGCGGGUUUCUGGGAAUCGUUGAAGCUUUGCGGUUUAUGGAGAAUGAUACAGUGGCCAUAAUUGGUCCCCAACAAUCAGUUAUGGCCCAUGUAAUUUCACAUAUUGCGAAUGAGCUCCAAGUCCCUCUCUUAUCAUUUGCAGCCACAGACCCCACCUUGAAUUCACUCCAAUUCCCUUAUUUUGUUAGGACAACACAAAGUGACCUCUUUCAGAUGUCUGCGAUAGCAGAAAUUAUAAGCUACUACGAAUGGCGAGAUGUAAUAGCAAUCUAUAUUGAUGAUGAUCAUGGCAGAAAUGGGAUUGCUGCAUUAGGUGACCAACUCGCCGAGAAACGUUGUAAAAUCUCGUACAAAGCACCUAUGAGCCCCAAAGUAAGCCGGAAUGAAAUCUCCGAUACACUGCUUAAGGUGUUGUUGAAGGAGUCAAGGAUAAUUAUCCUCCACAUAUAUGCUACUUGGGGUUUAGAGGUAGUUGAUGUGGCACAAAAGAUGGGGAUGAUGAAAAGUGGAUACGUGUGGAUAGCUACUGAUUGGCUCUCUACUAUACUUGACACAGAAACUUCCCUCUCUCCAGCAGCAACAGAUAGUAUUCAAGGUGUUCUUACAUUGCGUAUGCACACUUUGGAUUCAGAACUCAAGAGAAAAUUUGUUUCGAGAUGGAGCAACUUGACAGGCGGGCUUUUCGGACUAAAUACUUACGGUUUGUAUGCCUACGACACUGUUUGGCUUCUCGCUCAAGCACUUGAGGCAUUUUUAAACCAGGGGAGAAAUAUUUCAUUUUCAAAUGAUCUAGGAUUAACUGAGUUUCAUGGGGGGAACUUGCAUUUUGAUAAUUUGAGCAUCUUUGAUGGGGGUAACAUGUUGCUUAGUGGAAUUUUAGAGACGAAAAUAAGUGGUGUAAGUGGCCCAAUCAAGUUCACUUCCGAUGGGGACCUCAUUUACAAUGCAUAUGAAGUCAUCAAUGUCAUUGGCACUGCUGGGAUAAGGAGAAUUGGUUAUUGGUCUAAUUCUUCUGGCUUGUCAACUGUGCCUCCAGAAGAGUUCAACGGACAAAUAAAUCGUUCCCUUUCAAAUCAACAACUAUAUGGUGUAAUCUGGCCAGGGCAAACAACUGAAAAGCCUCGCGGGUGGGCAUUCUCAAGCAACGAAAAGCAAUUGCGGGUUGGAGUCCCAGUCCGAAUUAGUUUUCAUGAAUUUGCUUCCCUAGUAUACGGCUCUGAUGUCUUUCAUGGUUAUUGCAUUGAUGUAUUUAAUGCUGCAGUGGCAUUAUUACCAUAUGCACUCCCGUAUAAGUUCAUUCCAUUUGGAGAUGGACAUAGAGUUCCCAUAUACGAUGAUCUUUUGCAGAAGAUCACAACAAACGAAUUUGAUGCUGUGGUUGGUGACGUUACAAUUACCACCAACCGGACAAAGAUGGUGGAUUUUACACAACCAUAUAUCGAGUCCGGUCUCGUCGUAGUGGCCCCAGUUCGAAAGCUCAACUCUAGUGCUUGGGCGUUUUUGAGACCAUUUAACCCAAUGAUGUGGUUUGUCACAUGUUUAUUUUUUCUUGCUGUGGGAGUAAUUAUUUGGAUUUUGGAGCGCAGGACAAAUGAUGAUUUUCAGGGCAUUCCUAGAAAACAGUUUGCCACCAUCGUUUGGUUUAGCUUUUCAACUUUGUUUACUGCUCACAGAGAAAAGAUUGACAGUGCUCUUGGUCGCUUUGUGCUUCUAAUAUGGCUUUUUGUAGUUCUAAUACUCAAUUCGAGUUAUACAGCAAGUUUGACCUCAAUCCUCACGGUCGAAAAGCUUUCUUACUCUGUCAAAGGGAUUGAAAGUUUAAUAAUAAGUGAUGAUCCCAUUGGUUACCAGAGUGGUUCAUUUACUGAAAAUUAUUUAAUCGAGGAGCUCAACAUAGAUAAGUCCAGACUUGUUCCUCUUGACUCGGCAGAAGAUUUUGAGAAAGCCUUGAUCAAUGGCCCCAACAAGGGUGGUGUUGCUGCGGUGGUUGACAAGCGAGCAUAUAUGGAGCUCUUCCUCUCCAGCAGAUGUGAAUUUGGUAUAGUAGGUCAAGAGUUCACCAAAAUGGGAUGGGGUUUUGCUUUUCCGCGAGAGUCACCCCUAGCAAUUGACAUGUCGACUGCAAUCUUAAAGCUGUCAGAGAGUGGAGAAUUACAGAAGAUUCAUGACAAGUGGCUUUCAAGACAAGCUUGCAGCUCAGAAGGUGCAAAGGAAGACGUAGAUCGCCUUUCGCUUAAAAGUUUCUGGGGGCUCUUUUUACUAUGUGGAUCAGCUUGCUUUAUAGCUUUGCUUUGCUAUCUUAUUAAGAUGGUUUACCAGUACAUGGGGCAUUCUUGCCGGAGUUCACAAUCAUUUGUCUCAUUUGUUAAAGAAAAGGAAAACAAAGUUGUGGAAGAGGCAGACAAAAGCAGAUCAAAUAGAAAGCGAAGGAAGAAGAUAUCAGGUGGAAGAAGAUUCGAUGAAGAUGAAUCUGUAAAUGUUUCAAAUGUUGGUACGUGUUUAUGUUGGCGAUGAAGCAUAUAUAUAUAGUUAGUUCGAGAUGUGAUGGACCUCGCAACUUUCCUGUAAUAUUGAACUAAGGACAGCCUAGUACCAAAGAAUUAGUAUCAGUUAGUUACUUCAGGGAGCUAGCUUUAGUCAAGUCUUUUCUGUUAAAUAUUGGGCUAGGUGCAAUUGUAACGGUGAUUAUGUUGGGCCUCAACAUGUGUAAUAACAAGCCUACAAGGAUAUGCCCAUUUACAAUAGCAGUUGUCGUUCAAUACAUGAGUAAUUUUAUUCAUCAC